AUGUUACAGCUUUCUAAGACAACAAAUGACCACAUUCUGACAACAAAUACUUUUAUCAAUGAGGCUAGGGCACACAACAAGAAUCAGGAUGCUUUUAUCAGGAACUUGGAGGUUCAAAUUGGUCAAUUGUCCAAGCAAGUUUCUGAGAGACUUCCAAGAACAUUUCCUAGUGACACUAUUGUGAAUCCCAAAGAGCAUUGCAAGGCUAUAAUGACCAGAAGUGGUAAAGUGCUUCCAUCUCCUGAGGUUGAGGAGAAGCUUGAUGAGGAAGAAAAAGAAAAGAAGAAAGAACAGAAUGUAAUUGUUGAGAAGAAGCAUGAGAUUAGUCCUGGUUAUGUGAGAGCUAUGGCACCUUAUCUUGAAAGAUUCAAGCAAGAUGCUCAGAAGCAGCAAUAUGCCAGUGCAAUAAUACAGAAGAAGUUUCCUCCUAAGCUUUGUGAUCCAGGGAGCUUCAAUAUUCCAAUUGCUAUUGGUAACACUAAUGUUGGCAAAGCUUUGUGUGAUCUUGGGGCGAGUAUAAAUUUGAUGCCCUUGUCUGUGUGUAAAUCUUUGGGGAUUUCUGAGCUUAAGACUAUUAUGGUUUCCUUGCAACUUGCUGACAGAUCUUUGAGGAAACCCAAUGAGGAAACUGAAAUGCCUCUUUUGUUGGGUAGGCUUUUCUUGGCUACUGCUUGGGCUAUGAUUGAUGUUGAACAAGGGAAGCUUGAGUUAAGAAGGAAUGAUGAGACCUUCACCAUCAAUGUCUUUGAUUCUAUGAGAAAAUCUUCUAACAAAGGUGAUUGUUUCAGGCUUGAUGAUUUAGAAGAAGUGGGGAAAGAAGAGAAAUCUCCUAGUCAGGAGCUUGAGGCGCGUGAUUUUGUUCCCUUUGAGGAAGAAAAAGGUGUUGUAUUUGAGGUUCUUGAGAAGAAAGAUUCUGACAAAGAAGAUGGUGCCCCAAAAGUAGAGUUAAAGGAGCUGCUUGAAACUCUUAAAUACACCUUCUUGGGUGACAACGAGACUUACCCUGUUAUCAUUAAUAAGGAGUUGUCUUAUGAGCAGGAAAGGAGGUUGAUAGAAGUGCUAAAGAAACACAAGACUGCCAUAGGGUGGUCCAUUUAUGAUUUGAAGGGUAUAAAUCUUUCUUUUUGUACUCACAAAAUUCUCAUGAAGGAUGAUGUCAAACCUGUGAGGCAACCUGUGUAG